ACUGAUAGAAAAUUUUUCAUAGGUGAUAUGGCUGUUUAUAAAACUUUAAAUAAUUUCAUAUAAAUCUUAAAUCUAAUUUGCUUUCAUAGGUAAUUUCUAAUUUAUUAAUUUUGGAUCCCUUUAGAAGGAAAUAAAGAAUUAUAAAUUUAGAAACUAUUAGUAUGUAUCAUAAUAAUAGUUGAAUUAACAUUAUUAUACGAAGUUGCUGUUGUUGUUGUUAAAAAACUUACUAAUUAGAGACACCGUUACUCUUUAUUUAUGAAUGUGGGAAUCUUCAACAUAGUCAACCAUAAGAUUAAGGAGAGUGGCGGCAUGUAUGAAGAAUGGAGCUCAUUGCCACUGGAGGGUGGAGGGAGAGGUGUGUUGGGUGCGGUGGGUGGCCGGGAUGUGGUGCUGGCGGUCAUGAGGCAGCUGGCUUCUCAUGAGCCAAGCCCACUUACAACUGAUGCAGAAGUGGAGUGGGUGCUGGAGGUGGUGCGGUACGGGCUGGGGCUGCCGCUGAGCGAGCACGAGGCGCUGCGCGACUGCGUGCGCGUGUGCUGCGCGUGGCUGGCGCCGCUGCUGCCGGCCGCCGCGCCGCCCGCGCCGCCGCCGCCCGCCACGCCGCCGCCCGUGCGCGCGCACCCGCACCGCUACGCGCGCAAGAUCCUGCGCCACCUGCAGAACCUCUUCCUGCCGCGCCCCGACGAGACUCUCUCAUUUAUAUACCAAAUGGAUGUGGGCGGCGACCUGAUGAGCAAGCAGGCGGUGCUGUGCCACCGCGUGCUGCGGCUGGCGCGCGCGCUGGCGGGCGGCGGCGCGCUGGGCGGCGGCGAGUGGCGCGCGCUGCUGCUGCUGCUGCUGGCCGCGGCGGCCGCGCUGCUGGCGCCGCCCGCGCCGCACCACGCGCAGGCCGACCAGCUCACGCAGCGCGUGCUGUGCGUGCUGUUCGAGGUGUGGAUCCUGGCCUGCCACCGCUGGUUCCCGCCGCCGCCGCUGUGGCGCACGCUGCGCGAGCAGUGCGUGCGCUGGCGGCACCGCGCGCCGCUCACCGACCAGUGGGCGCGCGCCUCGCUCUGCCUCACCGCGCGCCUGCUCGCAAUCAUGUACGGGCCCGCCUUCCCCGCCAUGCCCGUCGGCGAAGAAGACGCGAACCUAGUGCCGGCCGACAUGAGCGCGGAGGCUGUGAUGCAGAGCUGGUACCGCAUGCUGCACACCAUCGGUAACCCGGUCGACCUGUGUCGGCCACACCUCAUCAGUCAGACGCCCGAUUUCCUACAGUAUUCCAUGUCCACUGGUAGUAGUGGCAACGCGCGGGAGCCGUGGCAGCAUCCGUGCCUGGCAGCGCUGCCCGCCAUCUUCCACAAGGCCAUGCGCGGGCUCGCAGCGCACGUCGACGCCUUCCUCGGGCGCGGCGCGGAGCGGUGGUGGCUGGAGUGCGGGGCGGGGGCUGGCGGCGGCGGGGGCGGGGGCGGGGGCGGGGGCGGGGCCGGCGGCGGCGGGGGCGGCGCGGGCGGCGGGGCGGCGGCGGGCGGCGGCAGCAUGGACAGCGUGUGCGAGGAGGACACGCCGCCCACGCACCGCCGCCUCGCCAAGUCCUUCAGCGUGUCCGCCUCGCGCCCCAGGGACAAGCCGCCGGACAAAAGCACACCGCGCACGUCGCUGAUCGGCCUGACGGGCAGCCGGCCGCCAAGCGUGGCGCCCACCACACCGCCCAACUCCAUAUCUUCGCAAGUGUGCGAAUCGGAGAAGCCGCCGCUGGCGCCGCUGCGGCCGAAGGUCAACUCCAUCUUCCAUCUGUUCGGCGAGUGGCUGUUCGAGGCCGCGCUUAUCGGCACCACGCCUGCUUAUAACAAUAGUCAACAACGCGCAGACGGUACUCCGCCGCCCCCGUCGUUGUCGGAUGCACAAUACAAACUGAACAUGUUGAGCUACCAGCCAGGUCGUGCGGAGGCGCUGGGCGCCGUGUGCCGCGUGCUGUGCUCGAAGCAAAGCCGCGAGGAGGUGCUGGCGCCGUACCUGGCGCGCUGCCUGGCGGCGCUACGUCACGGCCUGCGGGAUCCGCACGUCGCCGCCGCGGUCGUGCUCAACUCGCCUGAUAUAUUCCGGUUGGAUUUAGACGGUGUUCUAGUAUUGGUACCGGAUUACAUAACGGCACUGGACCGAAUCCUAUCGGAGAGGGAGCCGAAAUUGGAAUGCGGCGGCAUAGACAAACGCGAGCUGCGCAAGGCUGCCAUUAGUGCGCUGUUGUCGCUUGUCGCUUUCCCCUACCACUACAGGGGGUUACCGGUCCCGGAGUUCCCCGGUUGUAAUGAAUACGCGGGCAUGACGCUGGGCGAGCUGACGCGCGGCAAGCUGUCGCUGAUGUGCGUGGCGGCCGUGCAGGUGGAGUGGUCGGACGCGCUGGCCGUGCCGCUGCUGGCGGCGCUGUACCUGUGCGUGCGCCACCUGGCGCCGCCCGCGCCCGCCGCGCCGACCGCGCCGGACGUUUUAGCGCGGUCGGAUAGCGGCAGUGCGACGGGCAGCGACGGCCAAUCCUCGCUGGAGGACUUUGCCGCCGACGUUAGAGAACUAGACCCGUCCUCACCUGUUUUCGGCGCAGCGCUGGUGGUGCGCGCGACGUACCUGGUGUGCCACCGGCUGAUAUCGUCGUGGAAGGGCGACCUGCAGGUGUCGCUCGCCGCGCUCGAGCUGCUCUCCGGCCUCGCCGAGCUGCACUCCGCCAAGCCUGAGGCUGGCGAGCGCGCGCGCGCGGUGCGCUGGGUGUGCGAGUACAUCGGCGUGCAGUGCGGCCGGCCGCCGCAGGCGCACUCGCGCGACCUGCACUCGUGCGUGGUGGCGGCCUACGGCUGCCUGGCCGCCUGGCUGUGCCCCGCGCUGCUGGCCGACGCCGCCUGCCUCGCCGCGCUGCUCGACGUCGUCGAGCUCGGCCUCUCGGGCGCCAAGAGCCAGCCCGGAAAACCAGGGGAGCAACCGAAAAUGAAAGACGAGAAAGAACUAAAGCCGGUAUCUAUGAGGGUCCGAGAUGCCGCCGAGUCGUUACUUAUGCUAAUUUUGGAACAGACGGGCACAAGUGGUAGUGGUGGAGGCGAGGGGUGGUGCCGGCUGGACGAGCGGUGGCUGGCGGCUCUGGGGCACGGCCGCCUGCGGCACUACGUGGCCGACGGUGGCGUGCUGCUGUCGCUGCUCGAGGAGCCGCUCGCCAACAGCCAGGAGCCGCAGCCCACACUCAUCGUGAUCAUCCGCUGCGGGUGGGGCCGGUACGCGUGGUCGCUGAGCAGCCGCGGCGCGGCGCGGUGUGCGGGCCGCGGCGGCGGCGCGGCGUGCGCGCGCCCCGUCGACAUCCGCCCCGCGCCGGCCCCGCGCCCGCAGCCCGCCUGCCUGCCCCUGCCGCCCGCGCCCGCGCCCGCCUGCGCCGUAGAUUCUGCGUUUCCAACAUUAGAGUCAGUGUUGAAGCAGCUCAACGACCCUGAGGCGCCACUUUUGUUCAAGCUUUUAGAGCAGCAAGCUGCUAUCGAGAAACGCGUGAGAGAGAGCGAAGAUAAUGUUGUACCCGAAGAAUACGUUCCGCCGGAACCAGUGACUGAGUUCCAAACGGCGAGAUUGUUUCUCUCUCAUUUUGGUUACUUAAACAUCGGUGGUGACAAGAAGGGCGGGCCGCCGCGGCUGGUGGCGCUGCGCGGCGCGGCGCCGGGGUUCGCGGGCGCGCUGCGGCGGCUGGACGCCACGGGCGCGCGCGCCGCGCUCACCGUGCACGUGUUCUGCGCGCGCGCCGGCCGCGCCUGCGCGCCGCGCAUGCUGGCCGACGUGCGCCGCGCGCGCGGCCUGCCGCCCGCCUUCCUGCGCAUGCUGCGCGGGCUGGGCUCGCCGGUGCGCGUGCGCGGGCACGGCGGCUGGGCGGGGCACGCGGCGCGCAGCUACGACGCGCAGCCGCCCGACGCGCCGCGCGCCUGCCGCACGCCGCCCGAGCCCGGCUCGCCCGCCAUCUACGACGGCAUCGACCAGAUACUAUACUGGGCGGACGCAACGAAUGAGAUCGCGUUCAUAGUGCCGUCAGCGGAGGAGACCGACACCGACGACAGGCAGAACGACAGCAUCAAAUCAGACGUCGAUGGAUCGUGCAUCUCUGUCAGGAGUUCGGUAAGCGGUGGCGAUGCGGGCGGCGGAGGUUCGUGCUGGGACGUGUCAGGUGGCAGCUCAGGCGCUGCGUCUUACGAGCGUGCCGCUGCCGAGCCGCUCGGCGACAAGGGUCGUGCACUCUCGCUCGAGCUCGACAAGCAGAGUUCCUCGCUCAGCGGCAGUGGAAGGCGCAAUAGAGAUUUUACGACAAAAAUACUCAUCAUCUGGCUAGAGGACUUCGAGGAUCACCUAAAUUUGCCUAUAGACGAGCUGCUGCGCAAGUGCGAGACGGGCGUGCCGUGGCGGCGACACGAGGUGUGCGUGGUGUGCGUGAGCGCGCAGCGCAGCGGGCUGGUGCGCGUGCGCACGUGGCGCGCGGCGUGCGGCGCGCUGCCCGACGGCGCGCUGCUGGCGCCGCGCCUGCUGCCCCACUGCCUGCGCCGCGCCGCGCUCCACGCCGCGCGCCGCGACCGCCUCAACACUGACCUGUACCAGCCGCCCCACGUGCGCCGGCGACACCUCAUACAGGAGCUGGCGCAGAACUACAAGAUGGACCUCACCGAGCCGGAGCUGCUCGAGUCGCUGUUCAAGCCGCCACUAUAAAUUUACAUUUUACAUUUUAAAUAAAUCGUACUUAAUAUUUAACAUGGAGUGCUUAAUUAUAUCUUAGUUGAAAAUAAAUUAUUUAAAGUAUUAAAAUUAUUAUCUAAUUUUAAGACUGAUAUUAAUUUUUAUUAAUAAAUUAUAUUGCGACAUUCCUGUAAGUUAUUAUUAAAUAUAAGAAAAAUUUUAACACCAUAUUUUAUUUACUAAAUGUAAUGUUACGAGUAUAAUCUUAAAUAAAAUGUAAUAAAUUAAAAAAAGUUAUAAAA